GGUGCAAGCUGUAUUUUAAAUCAUAAAAUUAAUUUAAAAAUAGAAUCAAGUGUACAUCCAUCUUUAUUUAUACAGUUAAAACAACGAGACAAUGGAGUCGUUACCAAGUGAUCCUAUACUUGAGUAUAAUGAUGAUACUUUUGAAUCUCUACGAAAACAAUACAAUUUUGAAAAGAAAGAAGAUAUGGAUGCGGCUAUCGACGUCUUCGAAGAAUGGCUGAAGAAACAGAAUCAUUUCACUAGGAAGGAGUACCCCCGAGAACACUUGGAGAGGCUGAUCAUCCUCCACAAAGGUUCAGUGGAGAGGGCGAAGACUCACAUGGACAAACUGUGCACUUUGAAGACCUUAUUACCUCACUUCUUCGAGCAUUAUGACGUUCGAAAUGAUUGUGCUUCAUACAUAAAUGACGCUUUUAUCCACGCGAUGAUGUCUAAGCUGACGCCAGAGCACUACAGAGUAUAUUUAUGUAAAGUGAAUAUCAACGGUAAAUUUCCUCCCAAUUUUAUAAUGAAAUUAUACAUAAUGACUAUAAUAUAUUCCGAAUAUCUAACAUCUCAUGACUAUUGCGACGGCUUCGUAAUUUUAGUUGACCUGAGACAUUCUAACAUUAUGGAUAUUAUAAAGGAGAUAAAUCUUCUCGAGCUACGUCAAAUAAUAGCAAUAGCAAUGGAAGGGUACGGCUUGAGGAUCAAAGGAAUACACAUGCUGACGUCAUCAUCUACGAUUGACAUGCUGACGAAGAUAAUGAAGCAAAUGUUCAGCGCCAAGAUAGGCGGUCGGAUCUUCGUGCACAGAACCAUGGAGUCGCUGUGCGAGGUGGUGCCGAAAGACAUCUUGCCUGUCGAAUAUGGUGGAACACAAGAGUCCCUUGAGAGCAUUUAUGAAAAAUGGCUCGAUGUUCUAACAACAAAAGAGUUUAUGGAGUAUUUGCAAGUGAUGAACCAGGCUCGGAGCCGAGAAGACCUCAGGCUCAACGACACCUUCAAAGAAGAAUACAUGAGCAUUGCUGGAACUUUUAGAACUCUUAGCGUGGAUUGAGCACAUUGUGUAUUUAGGGCCGAUUUACAUCAAAUAAAAGUUAUUCAAAGCAUAAAAUACAACGCAGUUGUGCGGCAUAUCGGUUUCCAGCAAAAAAGUCCCCGAUUUCAACUAUCUAAUUUUGUUUUUGAAAGUGCCUUUUCUCUUCAUGUAAUACCCGGGAAUCCUUCCCCCCUACUCUUCGCUCUCCCAGCUACGCAACUGAUACCUAAAAUUUGGAAAUUAUUGUCGUAUGAAUAAAAUGUGUUAAUUGCUUGACGUCUCUAUGAGGUUAUAAUUCUAUGAUCGGUAACUUUUACCUGGUGAUUGUAAUCGGUCUUUCAAUUAAUAAUGAUUUUUAACAUAAUGUAUUUAGUUAGCGUGUCUUUGUUUACUUUUAUUUUGGUGAAUUUAAGGUAUUACAAUACGUUUUAAUUUAAAAAACAUAGUGCUAAUGUAUAGUCCAGAAUGGACGUUGGGAGAAAUGUAAAGAUAUGGAUUUACCACUAUGAUUAUAAUUAUUGUUGACGAAUUCUAUAAUGUUUUUUAUGGUUACGCGAAUGUUCGCGACAUUGCAACUUUCAUCGCUACAGAACCCAAAAGACCAGCAGCCAGACUAGAAGACAAUGUGAGCUCAUUCUGGAUAGAUCGGAGCGUCAACAGCUAAAAAAAAUGUAUAAUGGUAAAAUGUACGUAGAUAUCGUAACUUUGACAUUUUGAACGACCAUAAUCCCAAUCCGCUCCGUGAUCAUAAAGCCUGCAAAGUUGUUGAUAUUUACUGUCUUUUUCUAAAAGCACUUAUGACUCUACAUUAAACCACGUUUUCCUAGAAUGUAAGUAACAGAGAAAAAUCUUAAAAAAAUGUUGA